CCUCCAAGAAUGGUGCAUUGUUCCAAGUUUCACAUGACAUAGCAUCUACAAGGAUUUUUAUGUGACAUUGCACAUGGAAGUUUGAAAAAUAGGUUGCGAUGCAUACUAUCGCAUGCGUCAUGGCAGCUUACGAUGCAUGUUAUUGUUAAUUUUAACGGCAAACCAGUGUGUUAUUCUGCUUAAAAAAGUUUCAACAAGUUGUAAGUUAACGAUUUUGGAUCCAAUUCCUUCCAAUACCGGACUCUAUUUGUAUUUUAGUCUUUACUUACCAGUGUCAUCCCGUUUGAUACCCCCCGACGAUUCUGAUUGAUGAUGGACAGAAAACUGUAAUGUUGUGGUGUUGUUUUGACGAGUAACUCGCCUUGUAUUUUUGUAGGCCUAUAGUUUUGUUUAUCGUGCCUAUAAUGCUGUUUACAAGUGAUCAUUUAGUCCUGUAUACUCUCGUAUAAACAAUGCCGUCAGGACGAUUAAUUUGCUUUGUGUGUGGAAGCCUAGGGGCAGAAACUGUUUUGAAUAUAAAACCACAGGAAAGGGGCCCUUACUUCCCAUUUCUUGAAAACCAUGACCCUCCAAAGGGAUGCCGCCUACCAAAGAAUGAUGGAAAAGUGGAUUCUUGUCGAGUAUGCUAUAUGUUUUUGAGUCAACAAUGGGAAACUUAUGAACGAUCCCGAACUCCAGCAAUCAAAAGGCUGUAUUGGCUGAAAAGGUCAGAUAAUGGGCAUUUCACAGGAGCCGAGAUGCGGAUACAAGGGGAAUAUAUUGCUCAAGUGAUGGGUUUGCAAUAUCAGCCUGGUGUCUUUGAUGGAGGAACGUCUCCAGGUGAGAAUCGUCCAGACAAUUGCUCACCCAUAACUGUACCACGUUCGGAUGGAAGGCAGAGUUCUGAUUAUAUUGCCCAGCCACAGGUUGCAAUGCCAACAAAUUUCAAACAGUCACAGGCAAGUAAACCCUCAUUUAGUCAAGAGAAUCGACACCAUGUUCAGCAUCAAGGUUCCAAUAAUUCUUCUCGGAAUGUUGAUGCCACACCACAUCGCAGUGGACUUGCAGAUGGAGCAUUAGAUUUAUCAGUUACAACUAAGAAAAUGCCAGAAGGAGGUAGAGUGAAACUAAGUCAUGAAUCUGAAAGUAAUAAAAACAUUUGUUGUUUUAUUUGUACUAAAGAAUGCAGCAUUAAUCAGAGCAAGCUUGUUAGCACCUGCCGACAACCAACUAGUGAGCCUUUCUUUCCGGUUUUGGGACAUUUACCUCAGGCAAAUAAUCCAAAUGCUUUAACCAAAAAUGGCCAGGUUCGAGUCUGUGUUGGAUGUAAAAACUUGCUGUAUCAGCAGUGGCAGGCCUACGAGAUGUCUGGCAUCCCUAUGCAACACAGGACUUAUAAACUGUAUGAUGAUGUUUCUCCCCUGACUGGAAUGGAAGGGAAUGGUAAUUUAAAACCAAGAGAUGAAUUGGACACAAAACCUCCACAAGCCUUUCAACAUGUCUGCUACCUCUGUGGACAUCUGUAUCCUAAAGACUUGAUUCAGCCUUUGUACACCAUCCCACCAUGUCAUCAGUCGCUUGGAACACUUUUCUUUCCUUUUAUUCGAGACCUUCAGAGGCCACAGGGAGCACAUCCUUUAAAAUCUGAUGGUACAGUGCUAGCAUGUCGAAAUUGUUUUGGUGACUUAUACCAGCAAUGGCAAGUAUAUGAGGCUGAAGGUACACCUCUCUAUAGACGUCAAUAUUCCCUCUCAUUUCUUGGGAAGAAGAUGACGUCAGAAGCUGGACAUGUUGCACAGCCGAAAAUUAAACAAGAAGUGGAGGCAAAUGAAGGGGAGGGGGGUCCAUCUUCAUCUUCUUCCGAUGUCAGUCAGCCACUCAACAUUCAGAUCACAGAAAGCUCCACUGCAUUAGAGAGCAGUACGUCCAAGUCCAACACUGCUGGCUCCCAGGGACUUUUGGCUAUUGCCACCCCAAGUAUUGGGUCUAUAACAUCUAACCCAGCAAGCGCCGACCCUCCCACCUGGACAGCAGCAGAGCAGUUGAAGAAACAGCAAAAUCAGGAACAAAAAAGUUUAACUGUCCCCCAUCCACUGCAACAAGUGACAUCAAUUCCUAAAAAAAUCUGCUUUUUAUGUGGUACCAAAUCAAGAAUAUCUAAGAUGCAUGUUUUAUGUUCAUAUCCAACUCGCCAUGAAGCUAAAGGGGCAAGUAGUCAAGUUGUACCUUUUUUCCCGUUCUUGGCUAAUAGGGAUCCAGCACCAAAAGCGGAGUCCUUGUCAGAGGACGGUACCGUCAUGGCCUGUAAUAUCUGCUUUCAUAGUCUAUUGAAACAAUGGAAUGAACAGGAAGAAUCGAAAAAUCCAGCCGAGAACAACCGCUGGCUGAGGAAAUAUACAGUUCCUGAAAUGAUUGGCUGUUAUGUGUGUUCUAAAAAUGUCAAGCGCAAGAGCAUGCAAAUACUCAGUAUUUCUCACUUCCCAAGUCUGAAGGAGCAUUCUGUCCCUGCAGAUGCCUUAGUUUUGGAUGGAGGUGAAUGCGUCACAGCAUGCGGUACCUGCUCAAACAGUCUUGGACACCAGUAUGCAGAGUUUGAGAGAAUGGGUGUCCCAAUUGAAAUGAGGAAGUACAACUGGGUUAAUGCUAGCCAGAAUGAAAAUGCUGAGGAUCAAGUGACAGAUAACCAGUGUGAACAGGAUGAAGACGAUGACAACCAGCUGCUGAACGUGGAUGAGAAUAGUUCUGACAGCCAGGGAAGUGUUGGUGGCAGUAUGAAGCAGGGCGACAACAGUUUGGGCCAGGGCUCUAAGCCGCCUCCCUUGACAAUGAUAAGCCCAGCAGGAGCCAAGCUAUCUAGGAACACUGCCACUGUGCCACCGCUGAACCAAGUAUCUCCUAGCAACGGCGUCACGUCUAUUGGAGCGAACGCCGCACUCAAUGCCACAAGGACAUCAAGUUUUGCUGCAGCUCUUCGUAAGCUUGCCCAUCAGGCAAAAGAUCCAGAAGAAGGAAUUAGCAGCAAACACCCUACCACCCCUGGGAGCUCCAGCACCAGCCCACGGGCAGUCACACCAAAGCGAGGUCCCCCACCCUUGGUUUAUAGCAGUCACUCCUCGUCACUAACUUCACCGCCCGUCGUCACCAUAGCGCCCACACAGUCACACCCCACUCUCGUCAGCAGUGAGGCAAAACAGAGUCUGGAACGGGCACACUCAGUACAGAGCACUGCUUCCUCUGUCUACGAUCCGCUCAGCAUCAAACAAGAUCGAGAUAGGCCCCAGUCUACUCACUCCAAUCGCGACGAUGAUCGGGGGUCAAUAAAGGACGGGGCUCAGUCACGAAGACCACAUUCUGGUCACAGCUCAACAUCUCCGGCAGCUAGCAGAGAGGACCUCGGUAGUCGUGGUUUUCAGCCGUAUCGCCCAGGGGAAGAUCUGCGACACCAAUUGCCACCUACAAUGUUCGGCCUUGACCCAACAUCGUACCCCUACCCUACGGCCUUCAUGCCAUCUCACUUCCCUCACCCCGCCUUCAGGUUUGACGACCCUGUGUUACUGGAGCGAUACCGGAUGAUGCAGCCCCCGUACCUUCAGUUCCCCCACCCCGGGAUGAUCCCUCCCCCAGGGGUCCACCCAUUCCUUGCUGCUGGCAGCAGGUACCCAUCUGAGCUUCUUCAUCAGCAGUUUGCAUUUGGGUCCCAGUCGUCACGCCUCGGCGAACACAUAUCACCGGCCUUGUCUGAAAGACAACGAUUAGAAGAAGAAAGAAUAAGAGAGAUGGAACGAGAGAAAGAAAGAGAACGGGAUCGAGAGCGUGAACGAGAGAAGGAGCGCGAGGCAGUGUUGCAAAGAGAGAGAGAAAGAGCACGGGAGCGUGAGAAGGAAUAUGACAAAGAAAAGGCACGAGAUUUGUACUACACUCACCAACACCAGGCAGAGCUCCGACUUGACCCUAGGGGACAGGACAGGGACACCAGAGGGCGUGGUGAGGGUCCACUUGGCCUUGCCAAUCAGUCCCGCAUGGCCAAGGCCGAGGACAGCUCAGGGUCUAAGUACAGUUCUAUGAUGCACGGGAGCCAGAGAGAUAUGUAUGGAGACAGAACGGAAAAGGUACAUCCGUACAAUGACCACCCACCAAGGAUGGAAGCCGAGAGGGAUAAAUAUGGCCGUGAAACAAGUUACGAUGACCGCAGGAAGUCAGACAUUCAUCCUCAUUCCAGUGAACAAUCCUUGCUCAAGAACAUAGACAAACAUGAGUUUGAGAAAAGAGCAUACUCGUUAGCAUUCGCAGACAAACAGAAUAUGGCAGACAAAGAACGUCACUCGUCCUCAUCGCAUCCUCCGUCAUCCCAGUACUCAUCUCUUCACCAUGCAGAUCUCGCCCACAAAGCCUCCAAAGACUUCUUCCGACCAUUUGACACAGCAAACAUUCUCACUAAUGGCUUCAAUGGCUCUCAUGAUUAUGAAAAAUACUCAGCUCACAACAGCAAGUCUAGCGAAAGGACAAGUAAGUCUCCUGCCUCCAUGAGUCGCUCUAGUCUAGAAGCCAGUCAGGAGCGACGGGCCAUACUCGAAGAAUCCGUGUUGCAUAUUAAAAAUCCACGGGACAGUCAUCUGGCUCAAAGACGAAUGUCGGAGGAAACGAUGUGGCCAGGUCGAAAGUCUGGAGAGGAAUCGUUACUACUGAGGUCGACUGAAGAGCUCCAAAGGAGAUUCUCUGGUGUUGAUCGUCGCAAUAGGAGAACACCCGAAGAGGUGUCGUCUAAUACAAGCCAUAAUGAAUACAAAAAUUUUCUGAACAAUAAUAUUAUAAUGAACAUGGAGAAAAAUAAUCAGGAUUCUAAAUCGUUACAGAAAGAAACGAUGUCUGAAUCUUCCAAUUCCAAUUUUGAACACAAAAAUUCAACAGCUCUACCAUCAACUUUUCAUUACCCAUACAUGAAACAUAUCCACUCAGUGGUCAGCCGUCUCGAUAUGGAGGAAAGGAAACUCAGGGAGCAGCGUCUACGCAGCGACUACAACAGUGAUGACAGCGACGUCGAAUCAGAGGACGAGGAAAUCAAGCGGCAACGACUUUUAUUUAUUCGUAGCGGACCUCCAAUACCACUGGAUACCUCCAAACCAAAGAUAAAGUUUUUAAAUCAACUAGGCCUUACAUCACAUCGAGUCAAGAGAGACUUGGAACAUCAGAAGCAACGUAAGCGAAGGCGGUCUCUCCGUGAACGGAGCAUUAGUCCGGUGCUGCUGGCAGAUGGAGAAUCGACCGAGGACUCAGCCCCAAGUCUCUCCCUCUCUCAGGAUCUCAACUCUGAUGCCCUUUGUCAGGAACAAGAUUACCCAGAAAAAUGCUCCUUCCUCAGCUCCAUGAAGCUGAGCACCAUCAGCCCAGACAAAAAGAAGGAAAUGAACCACAUCCAGCAAAUAUGUGAGGUAGACAGGUUACGGAGGCUAGCAAACUCAGGCGUGAAGAGAAAAUCCAGUGAAAGCUCGGCAGAAGGCAGCAUUGGGUCAAAAAUGUUACUACUGGACAAGGAUGGAGGUAAAACCAAACCUAACAGUAGUCUGAUGCCAAGCAACUCGUUCAACUCAACGGACAAGACAGCCAUUUUGUUUCCAAACAAGAACAAAAAGAAGAUGCUCAGUCGAGAAUUUGCUCAGGAAUUCCAUGAAUCUGUUCUUCAGACGACACGACAAAAGGAACUUAAUAACAGAAUAGGAAUGGCACCGAAUCGACCAACUGAUAUGAAGAUGUUCUCUGGUAAAGGCGAGUUACCCAGUGUGUCCAGACUGGCUAGUAACUCAGGCAGCAGUAAGGCUGGAUCCUCAGCCGGAGGGUCAGCUGGGUGUCGGACUGAUCACGAUACAAAUGGCGGUGUACAACGUUGGCCAGGGAUUGACAGUCUUCUGGAGGCGUACCAGCACCACUCAGAAGAACAAAAGCUGGAGCGAGGCAUUUUGAUGGAACGUUGUCACCAUCUUCAAACUGAUAACCAGGAUCUCAACAGGACGGCCGAGAGUCUCAGCAAACGCAUGGCGGAGUUGAUAGAACAAAAAAGGCAGGCAAGCAAUGCGAGGAACAAACUACAGGAGUCUAUAGACAGUCUGAAGAAAUGUACACGUGACAUUCGGUGAUGGUUGAAGUCUACAUCUACAAAAUUACCCUCCAAUUGUGAUAUAGCGCAAUAUCUUAAACCAAGUGGACCAUGUGCAAAAUUGAUUUUAAACAACAUAUGAACAGAGACUUUGAACGAAGAUUUACAAGUGAUGCAUAUAUGAAAUAUAUAUAUCAUUGAUUUAAUCCAGAUCGGAUUAAAAACUUUUCGUCGGACUCAAGUUUACUUUUUCUGACUUUUCAUUUCUCGUGUACAUGUGAUUCCAGAUCAUACCUUCAUUUAUCAUCAUAAUUUAUCGGGAGCCUUGAUCAACGUCACUGCCUAGCAAAGAAAACAUUUCAUUAUGCGUAUCAUUAUAUUUAAAACCAUUGCUAUAGUAUCGGGUAUGUGUUGAAACCAAAGGUUUGAUUUCUUUCAAAAAAAUCAUAGAUUUACACGUCUACAGUAUAUUGUUUUGCAAGAAAAAAAUAUGAAUUGUUUUUGUAUCUCUUUAUAAUUUUAAUUUCUACAAACAUUUAUGUUAUAAACAUCGAGUUAAUUAUGAAUAGCUAGACAAUAAUGCUGUCUAUGUGCGUGUUUUAACUCGAUUUUUUUGUUUCUUUUAUGAGUGAUAGUGUAAUGCUGCAAUUUUAUUGCUGUAUUUAAAUUAAAAAUUUUACGUCUUCAAAAUGUUGCGACGAGGAUAGCGUUGUUAAUAUAACACUUUUAAAGGAGAUUUAAUGUGCUGGUAAAUAACGAUGGAAUAGAUGAUGGGUGUUUCCAUUAAAAACAUUUCUUUGGAA